AUGGAGGGUCCCAAUGAUUCAUGUCCCAAAGAACUUGCUGGAGUUGAAGGAGACCUGAAGAACAACGACACUGCUGCAGCAGCUGCAAAGAUCGAACAGUAUUUAAAAGAGCAAAAUAGUAUUCCUCUAAAUAUCGCCAUCACCGGAGAAUCUGGCUCUGGUAAAUCGACCUUUAUUAAUGCCUUCAGAGGCAUAUGUGAUGAGGAGGAGGGAGCUGCUCCUACUAGUGUUACAGAAACCACCUCAAAGGUUACACCAUACCUCCAUCCGAACUAUCCCAAUGUUACUUUAUGGGAUCUUCCUGGAAUCGACACCACCAAGUUUCCAGCUAAGAAGUACCUGAAAAUUGUUGAAUUUGAGAAGUUUGACGACUUCAUCAUCAUCUCAGACCCUCGCUUCAGAGAAAAUGAUGUGAAACUGGCUCAGGAGAUUCAGAGGAUGAAGAAAAAGUUCUACUUUGUUCGCUCAAAGAUUGACAAUGAUAUAAAUGGUGCGCAUAGAAAGACAGACUUCAGUGAAGAGAGGACUCUGACAAAAAUCAGAGAAGACUGCGUUCAGAGACUCAGAGAAUUAGGCAUUGAGUCUCCGCAGGUCUUCCUGGUGUCCAGCUUUGACCUCCAAAUGUACGACUUCUCUCUGUUACAAGAGACGUUAGAGAGAGAACUUCCUUCAAACAAGAGGGACACUCUGCUGUUUGUCAUGCCCAACAUCAGCCCAGAGAUCAUCAACAAGAAGAAGACAGCUUUGCAGUCCAAAAUAAAAUACUACCCUCUUGGAUCUGCAGCUGGAGCAGCUGUUCCAGUUCCCGGGCUUUCUGUUGCUGUUGAUGUUGCUUUGCUCGCUGGUGCUGUCGCACAUUUUGGUCAUGCAUUUGGUGUCGAUAUCCCGUCUCUGAGGAGACUUUCUGCCAGAACAGAUGGGUCACACACUGAUCUGUGCGCUGUCAUCAUUUCACCACUGGCUGCCUCAGAAAUAAGUAAAGAGUUCCUCAUGAGGGUGUUCACCCAGCUUGGGUGCACAGCUGCAUUAAUUGUAGCAGAGGAAGCAUCCCAAUGGAUUCCAAUAGUUGGGAUUCCAGUAGCAAUGGGCCUCUCUUUCACCACAACCUCCAAACUUCUGAAUUUGAUCCUCAACCAGCUCGCUGAAGAUGCUCAGAGCGUGUUUGAAAGGGCUCUGGGUCUGAAAAAGUCUCAUUAA